UAAAGCAAAUUCUACACCUUUAUUCAUACUAGAAAUAAAAAUUUGAUAAAGUAGAACAUUCACUAUAAACAUCAUUCAAUUAGUAUUAACACCAUCAUGCAAAAGCUUUCAUGAACAUAUAUAUUUAUUCAUUAUCUCCUCUAAUAAUACCAAUUAACUCGAAAUAAAAAAAUAGACACUUACCAGACAAAAGCAGAGCCCAAAGAAAAAGGAGAGAGACACUUGACACCUCCAUCUUCUUCCUUGCUCUCUCUCUCUAUCUUUCUCCAACAAUCAAAUAAUGGGUUCAACAGGAAACCCUAAUCCAUGGGGUACAACAUACGAUUCAUACAGAGACUGUUCUCAAGGAGUAUGCAGUGUCUAUUGCCCUCAAUGGUGUUACGUCAUCUUCCCUCCUCCUCCUUCCUUCUAUCUCGACGACGAAGACGACUCUUCCUCCUCUGAUUUCUCUCCUCUCCUCAUCGCUCUCAUCGGAAUCCUCGCUAGCGCCUUCAUCCUCGUCAGCUACUACACUCUCAUCUCCAAAUACUGCCACCGCCGUCGCCACAACUCCUCCUCUACCUCCGCCGCAGCUAUAAACAGAAUCUCAUCAGAUUACACCUGGCAAGGAACCAACAACAACAACAACAACGGAGCUACGAAUCCGAAUCAAACGAUUGGUGGUGGUGGUGGCGAUGGACUCGAUGAAUCUCUGAUUAAAUCGAUAACUGUUUACAAAUACAGAAAGAUGGAUGGAUUUGUUGAAUCUUCAGAUUGCUCUGUUUGUUUAAGCGAGUUUCAAGAGAACGAGAGCUUGAGAUUGUUACCUAAAUGCAACCACGCGUUUCACGUUCCUUGUAUUGAUACUUGGUUGAAAUCUCACUCUAAUUGUCCUCUCUGCCGCGCCUUCAUCGUCACUUCCUCCGCCGUUGAGAUCGUCGAUUUAACCAAUCAACAGAUCGUUACGGAGAACAACUCGAUUUCGACCGGAGAUGAUUCCGUCGUUGUCGUUAACUUAGAUCUGGAAAAUUCUAGAUCUCGGAAUGAGACGGUUAAUGAAGGAUCGACGCCGAAACCACCGGAGAUGCAGGAUUCAAGAGACGGAGAAGAGCGGAGAUCGGCGUCGUUAAACUCAGGCGGCGGUGUGGUAUCGAUCGCAGAUAUACUAAGGGAGAUUGAAGACGACGAAGAAUCAGCGGGUGUAGGAACUUCUCGGUGGGUAGAAGAAGGGGAAGGAGAGAAGACGCCUCCGCCGUCAGGAUCGGCGGCGAAUCAAACAAACGGAAUUUCGAAUUUUCUGGUUCGGAGUUCAAUGGCGGCGAUGAAGAGAUCUGGUUACGAUAGAGCAAAAAAUUACCGUUUACCGAAAUAAGUUAUAAAAAAAAAAUAAAAAAAUAGGGAAUUUGAAAUUAUUUUUAAAAAUAUCAAAAAAGUGCUGAUUGGCUUUUUUAAAAAAAUCUAUAUUUUAGUUUUGGUAAUCUUAUUAUAACAAUCAGAAUCAUUGUAAACCAUUUGAGAAACAGAGCAAUCAAAGAGUUUUGAAUUUACCGCCCAAAUAUUCUUACGUAUUUUUUUUACUUAUAAUUAAUCUACAUGUUCUUUUUCUUUUCUAGUGAUGCCACUUCCUAGAAAAUACCAGUUAUGGUAAGUUUAGC